AUGGCGCAACUGUUUGUCGGCCAGCUCCCUUUCAGCAAGUUUUUCCCGGACGACCUGCUGGACCUCUUUCGGCCGUACGGGAGUGUGAUUGCGCACCAACUGCACAUCCACCAAGGCAACGCCUUUGUCACCUACGCCACAACGGAUGAGGCAGACCGCGCCAUCCAGGCGCUGCACAGCAAGUGCUCCCUCGGCACACGCAGCCAGCCGAUCCAAGUGAUGUACUCGAAGGGGACGCGCCUCAUUUCGGCCUUUGGUCUGCACCACCGCUCCGUCUGCCUCUCCCGCAACAAGGAUCGCCAGCGCAGCAAGGAGGCGAGUGCGACAGCCGGUGGUGCCACAGAGGAUGACACGCUGCUCAACGAGGUAUCCAACCUCAACUCCUCAUCCUCAAAGAACGUCAUUCUCACGCCACUUAUGUGCACAGCUGGUGGUGCUGGCGGCAGCGAGGAGCCGAAUACGAGCUUUACCACGCUCUUCAGCAGCUACGGCGACCUUAGCGGCAAGAGUGAAAUCUCUGGUGAGGAAGAUGGCCGCCAGCCCAGCGGUGUACACGGCGCCGUAGCUUCUUCGAACGCCUUUCUCCAACAGCAGAAGCCUCCGUCGUAUCCGGUCGGCGCAGACCCGCUGGUUUACAGUAGCGCUAUGGGGUGGCAGAUUGCUCGUCAAUCACUGGUGGCGAGCACAGCUACAACUCCGCCAACGUCGGUGAUUAGCAACGGCGCUACCACGCCCAUGUCGGACUUGAUCAACCCCUCCGCUCCUGCGCCUGCACCGACGCCCGUCACAUACGUCAUGAUGCCGAACUCCGGCAAUUCGAUGCCAUGUGUGAUGCCGCUGUACUACGCCCUUCCCGCCUCCACAAGUGCGGCGAUCGCGCAGCAACAACAACGGCAGCAGCAAGCCUUAGCUUCAGCUUUGGCGUCUUACAAUGCGCGGGCGGCCCCAGUCCAGAUCGCAUAUCUCCCCAUCACGCCGCAGUAG